AUGGUCACCCACAGUCCAGCCAACUUCAGGGCAACUUGUAUAAUCCAAGGGGGUCCGAAUGAUACCUACAUCAUUAAUACCACCAACGUCGGCACUAUAGAGCACGGCCCCCUGAUCGUCUAUUCUAUCAUCGGAGACUCACAACAACAUGACACCACUCAUCUGCUUGAAACCUACCUAGGCGCAUCUGUCAAGUGUGCAACCACUGUUAAACCACCAAUUUCUAAGUAUUAUGAAGUUCGUUGUAUUGCCCUUGAUCCAGAUAGUUCUCGCUUUCUUCGUGCAGGCCUAACGACGCAACUUGUCGAAGCCAACGACACAAUGAUUUCCACGACACUCUGUUUUGAUGCAGAUACUGCGCUCGGCAACUAUGAAUUAAUCUGCAGUUUUCAUCAGAUCCACCAACGUCAGACUCUGCUAGACACGCGCAUCAGCCAGUCCAUAGCUCAGGUGACACUACGACUUCGCUUGAAUCUGGUGGAGGAAUUUAAGCUGCAUCCGGAACAAUCAACUUACUUGACCACCGAUUCCAUUGUACUGUGUCAAGUCCGUUCGCCACUCAAUCCUAAGCCAAUUCUCAUGGCUACCGGAGGAUUUGCAGUCCCAAAGCAGCUCCCUAACCCUUUCAAGAUUAGCGAAGCGAACACGCGACAAGGACCCCUCGUGGUGUCCUGUACGGCUCAACGUGAUCAAAAGGGGGAACCUCCGUUUGCGACGCAGCUACACCAUCUUCUUUAG